AUGAUAGAGAACGCGAUAAGAUGUGGAAGGAUUGAAGCAGGGGAAAGUGCUAAGAGAUCAACCCCGAGAAGGAAAGAGAACGAUGUGAACAACACGAGUAUGUAUAAUAAGCCAGUCACUAUGAGCCAACCAAAGGUGGUGACUACCAGCCAUCAGGGCUUCGCAAGACGAGACUUCAACCCAAGGCCUAACACGGAAAGAGUCCAGUUUACGCCUAUCCCGAUGUCCUACAAGGAAUUGUACCAAAGCUUAUUCGAUGCCCAUGUAGUGUCGCCCUUCUAUCUAAAGUCGAUGCAACCCCCAUUCCCCAAAUGGUAUGACGCAAAUGCCCAAUGCGAAUAUCAUGCAGGAGCCACAGGGCACUCGAUAGAAAACUGCACCACUUUCAAGAAGCUGGUUGAAAGACUUAUCAACAUGGGCAUCGUGAAAUUUGAUGAUACACCUAGUGCAGAAAACUCAUUACCUAAUCAUGGGGAUAAGGGUAUAAAUGCCAUAAUCGAGAGUUCAGGGAAGGAAAUUAAGAUGAAUGUUGCAGAAGUGAAUACUCCGCUAAAAGAAGUAUGGAAGAAAAUAGUGGAAAAAGGGUUGGUAACACAGAAUUCAGGGGACAGACACCAAGGAGCAAAAAGUUAUUGCGAGUUCCAUAAUCAAGAGGACCAUGAGAUUCAGAAAUGCAGCAAAUUCAGGGCUCUAGUACAAGGGUUAAUGGAUAAUAAGGAGCUGGAAUUCUUCAAGUAUGUUAGGAACCCAGAAGGAACAGACGUGUGUGCUUCAAAGGAAGGGUCAACGAGAAACGCUUGUAAAAUCAACCACCCAUUGGUUAUCAUAUCAAGCUUAAGAACUAAUGAAGACGGGACACAAGUCGCACCAAAAGUCGUGAUCCAGAAGCCCGUUGCUUUCCCUUAUAAAGAUAGCAAGAGGGAACCAAAAUUGCCGAAGAAAGGAUCCCAACAGUUGAGCAAAGGAAAGAAAAGACAGUCGGGUUUGAAUCGCCAGUCAAUGAGUGCAGAAUCGAGAAUGAAGCCGAAAAUUCUUAAAAUUUUAAAACACAGUGAAAUAAAUGUCGUGGAACAACUACAUAAGCAACUGGCUCGCAUUUCGGUGCUAGCUUUACUUUUGAGCUCAGAAACACAUCGGAGCGCGUUAAUGAAAGUGCUGAACGAGACAUACGUCGCGCAUGACAUCUCUGUCAACAAACUGGACUGCCUGGUCAACAAUAUCAGCGUCGACAAUUUUAUUUUCUUUAACGACAGCGAAAUACCACCAGGAGAGGAAGACAUCAUUACAUCUGUUACCAGCAACGCACCAUAUGUGAGGACAGAUGAUGAAGCCAUAGAAUGUUCUUUUCGAUCAUUGGAGUUUGUAAAUGCGACCUUUGUUAUCGAAGAAAAUAAAGUACCGACACCCAGACUUUCCAAAACCACAAGAAUGGGACUACAACUAAUGGUUGGGAAGGGAGCCUUGCCAGGGAGAAGACUUGGAAGAAGCCUACAAUGA